CACCAAGAAAAUUCAGCCAAGAGACAGCUGCGUAAUCAGAUUGCAGCACUGGGUUUGUUUUUUUUUUUUUUUUUCCUUGCAGCAGCAGCUGCUUGCGGAGGAGGUCUGCCCACUGCGGCUGUCUGCAGUCUCUGGCCCGCUCCCUGCAGGGCAGGUCAAGACAGCCAUCGCCACCCUCUGCACCCAGCCCAGGCCGCCGCUCGGUCAGCCCAGAUCCCAGAGCCUCAGGGCUGCCUUUGAGCCCGCAGCAGCUCCCGCAGUCCGGCCCCACUGCUCGGCCCGCCCCGGCCCGGCCCCGCCGCUCCGGACAUUUCGGUGAGUCUUUUCCUGCGGAGGUCAGGUCUCCUGAUCUUGGUGGUAGCCACCUUGGGCGUGUAAGGGGCUUUGAAAAAUGGCCGAGUCAGCCAACCACAAGGAACUGUCCGAAUCCUGUCCAGAGGAGGCUGGGAAUAACACAGCGAUGGAGGGGCCGGGGGAAAAUCGGGGGCGCGGUGAAGACGCCGCUGCGGGGCCUGCAGACGAUGGGAAGGGCGGGGAAGACGCCGCCGCCGGGCUCGGGGAAGAAGGGGAGAAAGGUGAAGAUGCUGCCGCCGAGUCCGGGAAAGACGAGGGAAAAGGUGGCGAGAAUGAGGAGGACUCAGACCCAGACCGUCCAAAAGGACUUAUCGGUUAUCUGUUAGACACAGAUUUUGUUGAAAGUCUACCUGUGAAAGUUAAGUACCGCGUGUUGGCCCUUAAAAAGCUUCAAACUAGAGCGGCCAACUUAGAGUCCAAAUUCCUGAGGGAAUUUCAUGACAUUGAAAGAAAGUUUGCUGAAAUGUGUCAGCCCUUACUGGAAAAGAGACGGCAGAUCAUCAAUGCAAUCUAUGAACCCACAGAAGAGGAAUGUGAAUAUAAAUCAGACUUUGAGGACUAUGACGAUGAGGAAAUGUAUGAUGAGGAAGAGAUGUAUGGUACUGAGGAGGGUAUGGUGCAUGAGUAUGUGGAUGAGGAUGAUGGUUAUGAGGACUAUUAUUAUGAUUAUGCUAUUGAGGAUGAUGAUGAUGACGACGACGACGACGACGACGACAUUGAGGCUACUGGGGAAGAGAAAAAGGAAGAAGAGGAUCCUAAGGGAAUUCCUGAUUUUUGGCUGACUGUCUUAAAAAACGUUGACACACUCACUCCUUUGAUUAAGAAAUAUGAUGAGCCUAUUCUGAAGCUCCUAACAGAUAUUAAAGUGAAGCUUUCAGAUCCUGAUGAGCCUCUCAGUUUCACAUUAGAAUUUCACUUCAAACCCAAUGAAUAUUUCAAAAAUGAGCUGUUGACAAAGACCUAUGUGCUGAAGUCAAGGCUAGCUUAUUAUGAUCCCCAUCCCUAUAGGGGAACUGCGAUUGAGUAUUCCACAGGCUGCGAGAUAGACUGGAAUGAAGGAAAGAAUGUCACUUUGAAAACCAUCAAAAAGCAGCAGAAACAUCGGAUCUGGGGAACCAUCCGAACUGUGACCGAAGACUUUCCCAAGGAUUCAUUCUUCAAUUUUUUCUCUCCUCAUGGAAUCAGCUCAAAUGGAGGGGAUAGAAAUGAUGAUUUUUUACUUGGUCACAAUUUACGUACUUACAUAAUCCCAAGAUCAGUAUUAUUUUUCUCAGGCGAUGCAGUUGAAUCUCAGCAGGAGGGGGUAGUUAGGGAAGUUAAUGAUGCAAUUUAUGACAAAAUUAUUUAUGAUAACUGGAUGGCUGCAAUUGAGGAGGUUAAAGCCUGUUGCAAAAAUCUUGAGGCAUUAGUAGAAGACAUUGAUCGCUAAGGCAGAGCAUGCAUGGCCCUGAAAUUAACUGCCUAGAUCCAGUUACUCAAGAUAUAAGAAGUUGUCUGUUCUGUAUUUUUCUUGUAAUGUCAGUUAAAACAUGCUUCAGAAAUAUAAGAAAAAAGUUAAAAUAUUAAUUUGACCUUGCAUUUUAGUAAUAGAAUAUUUUCAAGAAAUGUAUACUGUGGUAAAUGAUUUAAGACAUUAAUAUAGUGCUGUGUAGUUUAAUCCUUCUGAAGUCCUUUGUCAUGUAGCUAUUAAUCUGUGACUGUGAAUAUUAUCAGAAAUACUAAAUGAGAUCAAUAUUUGUUUAGAAAAAAAAUCCUGGGAAGCACCCCAAGGGUUUUGCUGUUUUGUUUUGUUUUUUUUCUAUUUUUGUUUUCUUGGUCCUUUGGCUAGUGGGUUUAAUUUUGUUGUGCCUGCUUCAUUUUGCAGUAGAAAUGCAGCAGAAUUUAAAACUCAAAUGCUUUAAAAAAAAAGUCCUGCAUAUGGUUAAGAAUUCCAGACAAAACUAUAUUUAUUGUUAAUAACAGCUCGUUCAUAGGUUCUUGUACUUUAUGUGACUGUGAUAAAUAAUGAAACUUAGUCAUAUUGAUAUUAUUGUUCAUCAGCAAACUUUUAAUCACAGUAUAUUCAAAAGCUUGCAUAUAUUGUUCUAUGUGAUUAUAUAAACCAUGAUUACAGUGCAUAAUUCUCUUUUCCUGUAGUAUAUUGACUCAUUCAUUGAAAGUGAUAACUUUAUCAUUUUGGAAUGAUAUUUCAUGUUCCUUCACUGCAAAAUAAAAUGAAUAAAAAUUUCAGAGUGUUUUAUGUUUAAAAA